GUCUCUCCGUCUCGCUCAUUUAUUCCCAGGCAGCGCUGGCAGGAUCAGGGGCUGUGCGAGCGCCAGGGCUGGCAGCAGCAGCAUGCGUGCGGCGACCGAGGCUCAGGGCGCGACAACCACGUAAGGGACCGGCCCGAGCAUCCCUCCCCAGCCACCUCCGCAUCCCCCGGCUGGAACUUCCCUCUCCCGCACGGUCCGGGCUUCUCCGGGGUUGGGGGGGCUUGGCAGCGACAGCCGCAUGCAUGACACUCCGAAAAGGAGAGAAAACGACCAUAAGUAUCCAGGAGCACAUGGCCAUUGACGUCUGCCCCGGCCCCAUCAAGCCCAUCAAGCAGAUCUCCGAUUACUUCCCCCGCUUCCCCCGCGGGCUCCCCGCCGCCGUCGGCCGCAGCAGCAGCGCCCUGCGCCCCGCGCUCAGCCAGCCCUCGGUCAGCCCCGGCGAGGCGCCCCGCGAGGAUGAGGAGGAUGUGGAUCAGCUCUUCGGAGCGCACGGAACGACGCCCGCGGAGCAGCCGGCCAAGAGCCAAGCGCCCGAGGAGGUGGUGGACCCCGAGGGUUACGAGUCCGACGAUUGCACCGCGCUGGGGACGCUGGAUUUCAGCUUGCUCUACGACCAGGAGAACAACGCUCUCCACUGCACCAUCAACAAAGCCAAGGGCCUGAAGCCAAUGGACCACAAUGGUUUGGCUGAUCCUUAUGUCAAGCUGCACUUGCUCCCUGGAGCCAGCAAGGCAAACAAGCUGAGAACCAAAACGUUGCGGAACACCCUGAACCCCACCUGGAACGAGACCCUCACCUACUACGGCAUCACCGACGAGGACAUGAUCCGCAAGACGCUGAGGAUCUCGGUGUGUGACGAGGACAAGUUCCGCCACAACGAGUUCAUCGGGGAGACGCGCAUCCCGCUCAAGAAACUGAAACCCAACCAGACCAAAAACUUCAACAUCUGCCUGGAGAAGCAGCUGCCGAUAGAUAAAACAGAGGACAAGUCGCUGGAGGAGCGUGGCAGGAUCCUGAUCUCGCUCAAGUACAGCUCUCAGAAGCAGGGGCUGCAGGUGGGGAUCCUGCGCUGCGCUCACCUGGCUGCCAUGGACGCCAACGGCUACUCCGACCCCUAUGUCAAAAUAUACUUGAAACCAGAUGAGGACAAGAAAUCCAAGCACAAGACAGCGGUGAAGAAGAAAACGCUGAACCCCGAGUUCAACGAGGAGUUUUUCUAUGAGAUAAAGCACGGAGACCUGGCAAAGAAGACCUUAGAAGUCACGGUGUGGGACUAUGACAUUGGGAAAUCCAACGACUUCAUAGGCGGAGUCGUGUUAGGAAUUAAUGCCAAAGGGGAGCGGCUCAAGCACUGGUUCGACUGCCUGAAAAACAAGGACAAGAAAAUCGAGCGCUGGCACACGCUGACCAACGAGCUGCCGGGCGCCGUGCUCAGCGACUGAGCCCACAGCUCCACAGCCUUUGGGCUCCUGCCAGCUUUGGAAACAGGGGAUCCCAGGCCAGCCAGGACAGCAGGACACCCCCAGCAGGGCCUGGCUGCAGGGAAGCCCUUCAGGGAAGAAGGCACAGGUGGUUUGCUCUGGCGGCUUUUCCGAAUCGCCCCUUUGCGCUCCCAGCCCCGCUGCCGAGCGUGCACGGGCACACUCACACUCACACCCACACUCACUCAGGUGUGCACCCCUGCAUGCACUGCAGUCUGCCUCCUCUCCCAAAUCCUGCCUCUACUCAGUCACCUUCUCGCUGCCUUGCAAGUCAGUGGCAAAAAAACAAAAAAAAAAAAACAACAAAAAAAUGAAUGCGUCCGUCCGCGUCCGUGUGUCCGGCAUCGGCAAAAGGCGUCCCUGAAAACACACAGAACCUGGAACUGCCUCCUCGAGGCAGCUUGUGCCAUAUCUCUGGUGGUUUGUCAGUCUCUGUGGUUUGGGCCUCAGUCCUUUAUGCAUUUAAAGCUCCUCUGUUGGAAUGAUUGUGUCCCUGGUAAACCUGGAAAGAGUGUUUGCUUUCCUUCCAGGAAUGUCGUGCUCGUCCUCUCCAGUAUCUCCCGUGAAGGCAGCAGAGCUGUGCACGCCACACUUUCCAUCCUGGCAUCACAUUUGGGAGGCAAAAAUGCAAAGCUCCCUGGAGCAGCCUGGCUAUUCCUGCUCCCCAGGAGCUGCUUUCCUAAUGAAACCCUGCCAUGCAGCAGCACGGAUGUUUUUCCAGCAAAGCCGGCUUCCAGGCUGAAUUUUUCUAUCAUUUUUUCCCCUUUUUCAUCCCUUUCCAAUUCAUCCAUUAAAUAAUGAAGAUGCUGAGCUGGAAUUGUGUUUGUAGUUCGCCAUGGCUGUGAGGUUGAUUCAUUUUCUGCCUCAAACAGCGUCCAAACCAAAUAAAUUUCUGUGGAUGGCACUGUAAUAUUAAUAUGGCACAGUAAUAAUAUAUUAAUAUUAUAUCAUUGUCUGUGAUCCACCUUGGCUGCUCUCUUCAUCCUCAUCCCAGUGGGGUGAGCUGAACCUUCCUAGGGAAUGCUGCACCAUUCCCUGAAUCUUUUGAAGCCUUUAGACAAAGAUUUCUUAGGAAGAGCUGCUCCUUCCCCACGAGUCUCAGUUACCCUCAGCUUCCAAGCCCUGCAUUGCCAACUUCUUUUUUUUUAUUUUUUAUUUUCUUGGGAAGCAAUGGAAUCUCUGGAAACCUAAGUUUACUUUUCCAAGUGUUAGAUUUUGUUUGAUAUUGGGGGAAGGAGGGGAGAUAAAAGAAAAAAAAAAAAACAAAAAACAAAAAACAUUCAUAGGGUUUUUUUUUUUUUUUUUAAAUAACUUAAUAUUUGUAAUGCAUCCUGCAGAUCUGCAUGGAUUUUAUUUGAAUGCUGGCAGCCUGUCAAGUCGGAUGUUCCCACUAAUCCUUUCUGCUCCAGCACCUUAAAACCUGCCUGGGCUCUGAGCUUCCAGGGGAGCUGCAGCAGCUCCAGCUUGGCUGUGCCUCCCUUUUCUGGCAAAGUUCCUUUCCCAUUUUUUCCCAGCCUAUGGAAGUGGUUCAUGCCUGAGGUGGAGUAGGACACGUGUGUGUGUGUGGGUUCCAUCCCUUUGUCUCUUCUGAGUGGGCACUGCCCCAUCCCAGCUGCAUGCAGAGUUGGUGGUUGUCAUGCCAGGCCUCGUGAAAUGUUUGAUACCAAUGUUUUGCUACCAUGUGAAGGCUGCAGAAACCGUCCUUACCUGCAUCCUGAGAGACUUUUGUAUUUCAGUAUUACCUAUCUGUGUACUUUUGGUCAGAUUUGUUAAUAUUUAUAAUGAGAACUGAAAAUAAAAAGGUUAAAAAAUAAAAAUUAAAAAGAAAAAAAAAA